AUGAGCAUUGAUACGCUGCCAUCACAGCUGGCAGCUGCGCCAGCACCUGCCGCCGCAGUUACUGCUUCCAUACCCAGGAAUCCAUCAGAUCCAGUUGAUGGCCUGCCAAAGGCAGGCCAUUUACAGCAGCAGCAGCAGCAGCAGCAGCAGCAGGCUUCUGUGCUGAGAACAAGAUCAAGAAAGGGCACGUUUAGCUCUAAGAUUGGUAAACUCUUUGGUGUGUCCAAAGUUUCUCCUGAUGAAGAUCUUCCGAGACACAAUGUUUCUGUCAAUACUAGUACUAGUCAGGUCCCACAGGCGACUUCUGCAGGUUCCGGAACGGGUACCACGGCUUCCCCGCCUUCACCACCUUCGUCUUCGUCAUCUUCUUCCCUUUCAUCAAGGUACCGCUAUGAUGGCACCAGACCUUCGUCCCCAAGACUAGCUUCAGGAGCUACUUCUACGAUCAAUAGUUCGAGUUACAACAAUAAGCAUUUCAAUUCACAGCAACAUCUAGCAUCAGAUGGUAAAUCCAUCGCUUCCAGUACAGAAAAGCUCCAUUCUGCAUCAUCAACGGCAAACUUAUCGACUCUAUCCUCUGCAAAUACGUGUCCUAAUCCAAACCGUAGGUUCAUCCUGCACGAGGAUGGGACCCAUGAACACCAUUUGAAAAAUGCAAAGAGACAGGAGAAGUUGGGAUCUAUGAUUAAAAAUAUGCUUGGUGCACAAAAAUUACGUGGUGAAGCCAAAUCUGCUGUACCGGAUAUACUCAUAAAGUCAAUGAAAUCCGGUGAUCCACCAUCAUUAUUUGCAGGUCUCAUAAAGCAAGUGGACGCCGCUUCUGCCGAGACUUAUCAACUUCAAAAUGGGACUGCUUAUCCUUAUAGUGGGGCUACACAAGUGCUGGGGACAAAACAAGAGCAAAGCCAACCAGACUUAAAAAUGCUUAAUUUUGAAGACGCUGUCAACCCAUUGCAUCAUGGGUCUGUUACCUUUGGGCAGAAAUAUGGGAGAUGCCAGGAAGUUAUCGGGAAAGGUUCCUUCGGUGUGGUACGGAUUUGUCACAAGAAGAACUUAAAAAGCGUUAGUGGAGAAAUUUUAUAUGCUGUUAAAGAAUUUAGAAGAAGACCCACUGAAAAUCCGGUGAAAUAUUCGAAGAGGUUGACGUCUGAAUUCUGCAUCUCUUCAUCUUUGAAGCAUACCAAUAUUAUAGAAACUCUAGAUCUUUUCCAAGACGCAAAGGGUGAUUACUGUGAGGUGAUGGAGUAUUGCUCAGGUGGUGAUUUGUUCACUUUGAUUAUCGCAGCAGGGAAACUAGAAUACCAAGAAGCUGACUGCUUUUUAAAACAACUAAUAACAGGUGUUGUUUACAUGCAUAAUAUGGGCGUUUGCCACAGAGAUUUAAAGCCGGAGAAUCUACUGCUCACUCAUGAUGGUACUCUAAAGAUCACUGAUUUCGGUAACAGCGAAUGUUUCAGAAUGGCAUGGGAAAAAGAGAUUCAUCUCAGUGGUGGAGUUUGUGGCUCUGGGCCCUAUAUUGCACCAGAAGAAUAUACUCAAGAAGAAUUUGAUCCAAGAGCAGUGGAUAUCUGGGCUUGCGGUGUAAUUUACAUGGCGAUGAGAACCGGCCGCCAGCUUUGGGCCACAGCUCAAAAGGAAGAUGAAUUUUAUCUGAAAUAUUUGAAGGGAAGAAAAAAUGCCGCCGGAUACGAUCCGAUUGAAAAGUUAAAACGUGCUAGAUGCAGAAAUGUCAUAUAUUCAAUUUUGGAUCCUGUACCUAGCAGAAGGUUAAGUGGUGAUCAAAUAUUGAAUAGUGAAUGGGGAAGAGAAAUCGUUUGCUGUCAUGAAGGUCACCCAAUCAAAUAG